GAGAAUACCGCUAGGUAUAGCUUCCAAGUGACAGCUGGGCACCUUUCAAUGAUAACCUAAAUAAAGAUAAAACUGGAAUUAGGCGAUUUAGCAAUGACAGAACAACCACCAAUUAUAUUGACUGCCGAAGCAGCCGAUUUCCAAACAGCGGCAAGGACGUACUACACACUUGCUGUGGAAAGAGUAAAAGAUGUGGUGUCGUCACUCCCUGAUGAGAUCCGACCAGGUCCUGAUCUCUAUGGGGUGCAAUGGGAGGCUGUCAUUUUCACGGCGCUGAUAGGGCUGGCUACCUUCUUAAUCUUCACAUGCCGGAUCUACCAGUCUUUUAGCAGCAGGUUGGCUGUCCGCAGACAGAAGAAGUUGGGACAGCAGGUGUCUCAGCUGCUGAAUGAGAAAUGCAAAUCCCUCCAGGUACUAACUGACUGCCAACUUGAGUAUGAUAAGCUGGAAAAGUCCUUGCGAGACAGUGGCGUGUUAGAAGCUAACGAAAGGAGGAAGCAGCUGGAGGCUGACACCAGGAAGCUGGAACAGUCAAACUCUCACCUGGAGGCUGAGCUGAAGCAGAGGAAGGAGGAGAUGGAGACCCAGAGAACCAUGAGGAUGGAGCAGGAGCAGAAGCUUGUAGAAAUGGAGGAAACCGUGAAAAGCUUAGAAGAGGAGAUCAAAGACUGUGAGGCUCAGGAGGAACAGGCCCAGAUGAGCCUGAGGAUCUAUGAGAUGAACAGUGACCGUCUGGAUGCGAACCUGGAGACGGCCAGGGAAGAGAACGCCCUCAUGCAGGAGAGCAACGCCCAGCUGUUGCAGCAGAUGCAGGGAUGGGAGGAGCGAAUCAGUGAGCUGGAGGAGGAGAAGGAGAGGAGUGAGAGCAGCAACACAGCAAUGCUGCAGGACUUAACACACAAAGAAGAGUGUUUCAAGACUCUGACAGAUCGACUGCUGCAGAUGAAGGUCUGGGACUGGGAUCUGGAGGACGAGGCCAGCGGUCAGGACCAGAAUGGGAACCAGAAUGGAGACAGAAGGGAUAACAACCACCAUCAGAAGGUACAGAAGCUCAUCUAUGCUGCCAAGCUGAAUGCAGAGCUCAAGUCGGUGGAUGAGGACAAAGACAGAGUGUUUGCCAGGUUUUCUGAUGAGAUAAAGGCCAAGGAGGAGCUCACAGAGGGCAUCAGGCAGAUGGAGGUGGAACAAGAGUCUCUCCAGGCAGAGACGGAGAGCUACACAGACCAGAUCCAGAGGAUGCAGCAGAAACUCCACAUCAUGACGGAGAUGUACCAGGAGAACGAGCUUAAACUGCACAGGAUGCUGACUGUGGAGGAGAGAGGACGUCUGCAGAAGGAGGAGAAGCUGACCAAGGCUGACAGAAACAUCACCCAAGCUGUGGAGGAGCUCACUACCUACAGACAACGAUACCAGGACUUGGAGGAUGACCUGGAGAAAACCAAGCAGGCCUACCAGGGGCAGAUCACCGCCCAUGAAAAGAAGGCCCACAAUAACUGGCUAGCAGCACGGGGUGCUGACCGUGACUUGGCUGACACCAGGAGAGAGAACGCCCUCCUCAGACAGAAGUUGACAGACAUGCAGUUUAAAUUAGAGGUGGUGGAGAAGGAUCCAUACGCCUUGGACAACCUGCCCAGACCAUUGCCCUACAGAGGUGAAAGGUCACCGUAUGGCCCCUCCCCCCCUCAGCCGCCCCGCCUCCGAAACGCGAGCCUUCCUCUCUCCUCCCACCCUGAUGGACGGACCCCCACCCCGCCCUCUCUCCCCAGUUCCCCCCCUUCGGACCUGGGGGUAGAGUUCCGCGUGGCAUGGUGGAGCCCCCUGGUGGUGUGGUGGACUCAGAGCGCAGUGGUGGUCCUCACUCUGACAGUGGCUCUCUGUCUCCCACCUGGGAGAGGGAGCGCAGGGUCCCCCCUGGGCCCCCAGGCCCCGGGCCUCCCAUCCCCCCAGCAGGUUACAUGUAUCCAGACCCAGGCCCCCCCUUCAGGAGACCUCCUCCAGGCCCUGGGCCCCCUGCCUCCUCCCCCCGGGUCGCUCCCCCAGCCUGGACACCCCCCUCUGGGCCCCCUCCCACCCAGGGGACAAGGGCCAGGCGACCACUCAAGCUUUGGACCCCCCUCUGAUAUGGCCGACCCCUCCUUCCCGGGGAACCGGUUAGGGCCUGGAGAACCUGACAUCAGAGAGGGUGCUCCUUCAGAGAGGAGGAGUCCUCCUGAUGCUGACAUGAGGAUGGGGCCUCCUCCACUGGGCCCCCCUCUGGGCCACCCUGGAAUGGGACCUCCAGGACCCCUUCUAGGGCCACGGGGCCCUCCUUUCAUGGGACCUCUCCCCCCUCCAGGGGGUCCCCUCCCCCCUAUGGACCCUCGUGACCCCCACUUUCCUCGCAGGAGCCCCUAUGGACCCCCAGACUUCUACCCCCCAAGGGGGCCUGGUGGCCACCCCAUGGGCAUGCGCGGGCCUCCUCCUUCAGGCAUGUUUCCACGGUACCCACCACCCACACACAUGGGCUACCCCCCUAUGAGACCCCCUCUAGACGGCCUCCCCCCUGGACCCCCCCUCAGGCCUUCCCCCCCGCCCACCCAGCAGCCCCCACACCAGCCCCCCUCCCCCCAUGAUGUCAUCUGAGCCUUAUUUGAGUCUUGGCGUCUCCUCAAAUGUCACUCUCCUUUGCUGGUUCAACUGCUCCCCCCCGCACACACACACACAGUCUCAAUUUCCUGUGUUGUACUUCCUGUUGUUGUGCUGAGCAAGGGUAAGCUUACAGGACGGUUUCCUGCAGGAGGUCAUGUGACCAGUGCCCCUUAUUGAGGCAGAGAAUAGUUUCUUCUCAAAAACAUUGGAUACACACAUAGAAACCCAGAGACUUGACUGGAUGUAUUGGCUGAGGUCGUGUUGCCAGUCACAAAGAGCAUGAUCCCAUCGCAAAAGUGAUCUGAAUCCACCUUUUUUGGAAAUAUAACAUUUACUAACUUUGAAAGGUUUUCCAUUUGCUUAGGAUUUUCCGAAAUUACUUUUUAAUUUAACUUUUUAAAGAAUCCUGUCCCUUGUGGACUUGACAUGUGUAUAUGUAGAAAUUGUGUUGAUAUGGAUUUAAAAGUAAGUUGUACUGUAAAUAUACAUGAGCCAGUCCAGAGGGUAGAGCGCGCUGCAGUGGCGCUGCAGUGGCCCUGCUGUGUUCCCCUGACCGUCCAGACUCCUGGUACAACUCAGGGACUCGGUGCAGCACGCCAUGAGAGACUGAAAAUGAUGAAGAAUGUGAUUAGCUGUAAAGUGUAUAAAUAAAAGGAAUCCUUUCUCAAGUGUUUU